AUUGGUGAAGAGUCGCCUCUUCUCAAACUCUCCAAAUUUGCAAACACAAAACGCGCAUUUCUCUUCUAUAAACCUCCCCCUUCUCACUUCUCCAACCCUCACUCAUUUCUUUGCUCCCCAUUAUCUCUAAAAUCAGCUCAUUUAAUCAUCUCAUAAAUCAAGAAAACCCCAUUUUAUAUAGCCCUUUAUUUGUCAUUUCCAUACAAGUCUUUAUCAUACCCAAGUUUUAUCAUCAAGAUUCAAGAUUUUGUGGGGAGAUAGAUAGAGGGUUGUUUGUGUCUAGUGUAAUGGCUGCCAGUCUUGAUAGUGCUGUGUCAAGCCUAUUGUGUGCUGAAGAAAAUGAAAGUAUUUAUUUUGAUGAUGAUGGUGUUGAGGAGGAUCAAAGUAGUAAUUUUAAUGACAUGGGUAGUGAUAAAAAUCGAAACUUUUUGGGUGAAGAGGGGUUUUUGAGUGGUUUGGUGCCUUUGCAAAGUGAGGAGUGUGUGGAGUUGAUGUUUGUGAAGGAAUGUCAGCAUUUGGCUGCUGGUGAUUAUGCCGAAAGAUUGCGAAAUGGGGGUUUGGAUUUCAAGGCUAGACAGGAAGCUGUUGAUUGGAUUGGAAAGGCUCAUUCGUAUUUCAAUUUUGGACCUCUGUGUGCGUAUCUAUCUGUUAACUACUUGGAUCGAUUCCUCUCUGCCUAUGAGUUGCCAACUGGCAAAGAAUGGAUGAUGCAAUUGUUGGCCGUAGCUUGUUUAUCCCUGGCAGCCAAAAUGGAGGAGACUGAGGUGCCGCUAUGCUUAAAUUUACAGUUUGGUGAAUCAAAAUUUCUAUUUGAAGCAAAAACCAUACAGAGGAUGGAACUUCUUGUUCUGGGUACAUUGAAGUGGAGAAUGCAAUCAAUUACCCCAUUCUCAUUUAUUGAUUAUUUCCUUGCUAAAAUGAUGGGAGAUGACAUUGCAUCAAGAUUGCCAAUUUUCAGAUCAACACAGCUGAUAUUAAGCAUAAUAAAAGGGAUUGACUUCUUGGAAUUCAGGCCUUCUGAAAUUGCAGCAGCAGUGGCUCUGUCUGUUGCAGGAGAAACUCAAACAGUUGAUACUGAGAAAGCAUUAUAUGAACUUCAUCACCAUUUACAGAAGGAUAAAGUGGUGAAGUGUGUUAAACUGAUGAAGAGAUUAUCAACAUUAUCAUCAUCUUUAAGUGCUGUUAGCAGUAAUGGUUCGAAUGGAUUAACCCACUCAUCAUUGCCACAAAGCCCAAUUGGCGUGAUAGAUGCAGCUUGUAUAAGCUAUAAAAGUGAUGAAACAACAGUUGGAACAUGUGCAAACUCUUCUCAUUAUAGUGAAAACACUAAAAGGAGGAAGCUAAAUCAGACACAUUGCAUUGGAGUUUUAAGAGAGUGAUGAUUGGUUUCUCUUUUCCUUGAUCCAAUGGUGAAACAAGAACCAAAUGCCAGAUAGUAAAAGGGUCGUUUUUAAGAAGUUGGGUCAUUGAAUGGAGGACAUGCCAAUGCCAAAUGAACUCUGCAAGUUAUUCAUGCUCUUGGCAUGAAAGCUUGCAACAUCAUCAGCUGUUAAAUAUUAGUCCUUGUAACAACUAAGAUAUGACAAGACAGCACAAAUGAAGGAGAUUAAAAAUAAUUAAAAUUGUAAUAAGAAGUGUAAAUUUGCUUUUAAAGUACAAUCUGUACUUGAGUAAGAGGCUUGAUGUAUUUGUGUUGAGGACUUGA